CAGAAAUAUCCUCAUUACGACUCUCUCUCCCCUCACGCCUCCCCAAAUAAAGAGAACAGCCAAAAACCCUAUUUUAAAAAAAAAACAAAUAAUAAUAAAUAAAUGAAUAACAUAAACGAAUUAAAUUCCUCUCCACAAAAUUCUGUAACAUCCGCUUCAGCUUCAGCUUCAAUCGAAGAAGACGAAGACGAAUCACACUUUUUGAGCAGUUAGAUUUUUUUUCAAUCCCCCUUGUGGUUUUACAGUAACGCUCGCCGGAGACUAUGGCGGCUCGGCCUUCUUCGGCGUCUUCAACGGCGAAGCUUCCAUCAAUCAACCCAGAGGAUUACGCUCACAGUCCGGUUCACUACGCCAUCGUUUUGGGAGAUCACUCCUCACUGACUCGUCUUCUUUCGACCGUGCCAAAGCUAGGAGAUCCAGAGCAGAUCCGAACCGAAUCCGACUCACUGAGCCAGGAACGAGUCGCGGAUCAGAUCUCCGCCGUGCUUGACCGCCGCGACGUUCCCUUCCGCGAAACGCCUCUUCAUCUAGCGGUUAGGCUCGACGAUGUGUUCGCGGCGAGGGCGAUCUCUUCCGCCGGCGCUGACAUUUCGCUCCAUAACGCCGCUGGAUGGAAUCCGUUGCAGGAGGCGGUUUGUCGCCGGAAUUCUGAGGUCAUGAAGGUGCUUCUAAGGCAUCACCACCGCUUGGCGUGGUGCAAAUGGCGGAGGCGUUUGCCGCGAUUGAUCGCUGUUCUCCGUCGUAUGCGAGAUUUCUACAUGGAGAUCUCUUUUCAUUUCGAGAGCUCGGUGAUUCCGUUCGUCGGAAAAAUAGCUCCCUCUGACACUUACAAGAUCUGGAAACGCGACGGAAACCUUCGCGCUGACACUACCUUAGCUGGAUUUGACGGAUUGAAAAUCCAGCGUGCGGAUCAAAGCUUCCUUUUCCUCGGCGACGGUGACGAAUCACUCGAUAUUUCUCCCGGAUCGUUGCUUGUACUGAAUCGAGACGACCGCAAAAUCCUCGACGCCUUUGAAAGCGCCGGAGCUCCGAUUAGCGACUCAGAUAUCGCCGUAUUCUGUUCUCAAUCAAGCUUGUACCGUCCAGGAAUGGAUGUCACUAAAGCAGAGCUCGUCGGGCGAAUGAAUUGGCGGCGGCAAGAGAAGAUGGAAAGCGUCGGAGAUUGGAAAGCUAGGGUUUACGAAAUCCAGAAAGUGACUUUCAGUUUCAGAUCCCGGAAAAUCGUUAACGACAGCGAUUCCGCCGGAAGCGAACAAGUUCUACCUCUAGAGCUAGACGAGGACGACGACGGGUUCCUAGUUGCCGAGAAUCCUAAUUUCUUAGCUCCGCCGCCGCCAAGGCCACAGAGACGGCACAGUAGCUUCGUCAGAGAAGAUAGAGAUUGGAUUUCUGUUGGGAGAAAAAGCGUCGAUGUUUAUCCAUCCGCCGCACCACCACCGCAAUUCCAACCACCGAGAAGCUCAGUAACUCAAUUGCAGCCACCGAGAAGCUCAGUAACUCAAUUGCAGCCACCGAGAAGCUCAGUAACUCAUUUGCAGCCACCGAGAAGGUCAGUGGCCGUGCCUUCAACGUUUUCUCCGGUGAAUCCUACUCCGUCUCCUCAGAUCAAAGAGAAAGAAUUCGUCAAGAGCUUACAUCCAUCUGUUUGGUUAACGGAUCAAUUUCCGUUAAAGACGGAGGAGCUGCUUCCGUUACUCGACAUUUUAGCCAAUAAAGUCAAAGCCGUCGCCAGAAUGCGUGAUCUCCUCACCACCAAGUUCCCGCCGGGAACUUUUCCAGUUAAGCUGUCGAUUCCGGUGGUCCCUACGGUCAAAGUAGUCAUCACAUUCACCAAGUUCGUCGAUCUUCCACCGGCGGAGAAAUUCUACACACCACUCUCAAGCCCGAGAUUCCUCUCCGGUGAAGACCAAUCCGAUGAUGAAGACGACGAAAAAUCAAACGCUCGCAAUUCAAUUUCGCGGCCGUCGUCGUGGCUGAGACGCUCUGGAAAAAACUCACAGCGGCGGAUAGAGGAGGAGGAGCAACAAACGCCGGAUCCAUUUGCUAUACCGAUUGGGUAUAAGUGGACAAGCAUAAGUAGUAAUAGUAAUAAUAAGGCAGGUAAUAAUAGUAAAAUGAAGAGGUCGAAGUCUACCAAGAGAUCUAAGUGAAAAAAAAGAAACUUUAGGAAUUUUAUUUGAGGAAUUAACGAUAUAAUCGCUCGUCUUUUUUUUCAUGUAGAUAAUAAUCUGAAAUUAGUAAGCAGUCAAUAUAGAGGAAUUAUUGAUGAAAAAUCUGGUUGUAGAUUUUUUUUGUACUCUAUACAAUUUACAUUUGCUCAAAUGGUUAUAUGGUUCAGAUGCUUUACUCUUUU